AUGAGUACUUUUGGUAAACUUUUCCGUGUCACAACCUAUGGUGAAUCCCACUGUAAGGGCGUUGGCGCUAUUAUUGAUGGUGUCCCCCCUGGUAUGGCCUUGACAGAAGCCGAUAUUCAACCUCAAUUAACUCGUAGAAGACCUGGUCAAAACAAGUUGACUACUCCUCGUGAUGAAAAAGAUAAAGUAACCAUCAUGUCAGGUACUGAAUUUGGUGUGACUUUAGGUACACCCAUUGGUAUUCAAGUACCCAAUUUAGAUCAAAGGCCUCACGAUUACAGUGACACUGAUAUUUAUCCUCGUCCAUCUCAUGCUGAUUAUACCUACCUUCAAAAAUACAGUGUUAAGGCAUCUUCUGGUGGUGGAAGAGCCAGUGCUCGUGAAACCAUCGGCCGUGUUGCUGCUGGUGCUAUUGCAGAUAAAUACUUGCGUGAAGCUUACGGUGUUGAAAUUGUCGCUUUUGCUUCAAGUGUAGGUAGGGUAGCCAUGCCUUUCAUUCGUGAGCUCGAGAAUGCCGAUACAGCUGAACCUGAAUUGAUUGAGUUUAUGAACACCAUCACUCGUGAAGAUGUGGAUGCCGAUAUUUCUCGUUGUCCUCACCCUCCUACUGCUGAAGCCAUGAAGAAAGUAAUUGCAGAAAAGUCGCAUGAAAGAGAUUCUAUUGGUGGUACAGUUACUUGUGUGAUUCGCAAGUGUCCUAUUGGUUUAGGUGAACCCUGUUUUGAUAAAUUAGAGGCUGUUUUGGCUCAUGCCAUGUUAUCUAUUCCUGCCACAAAGGGUUUUGAAUUUGGUUCCGGUUUCAAUGGUACAAAGAUGGCAGGCCAUGAUCAUAAUGAUCCCUUUAUUAUCAAGGAAGAUGGUACUUUUGGUACUGUCACAAAUAAUUCUGGUGGUAUUCAGGGUGGUAUUAGUAACGGUGAAAAUAUCUAUUUCCGUGUUGCUUUCAAGCCUGCUGCUACUAUUUCCCAAGAUCAAGAAACUGCUAACUAUGAUGGUGUCACAGGUGUUUUGGCUGCUAAGGGUCGUCACGAUCCUUGUGUAGUUUCUCGUGCUGUUCCUAUUGUUGAAUCUAUGGCUGCUCUUGUUAUUAUGGAUGCUGCAUUGCAACAAGAAUCUCGUCGUGCUGCUAUUUCAAGACUACCCAAGAUUGAAAUCAACCAUGCUUUGUUAGGAAAGCCCCCAAGAAGAAUUAAGACCAUACUUCUGAAGAAAAAAUUAGAACAACUUGAGAAGAUCAGCGUUUUAUGCGAUUUUCUUUGUGUAUCAUAA